ACGUAUCACUCCUCCAGUCCUGCCUCUCCGGAGUUUCCAACUUCUCCUCUCCGGUAAAGUCAAACAGGGUAACUUUGAAAUUGCAUAAUCCCUGUAUUUUCUUUAAGAACAUGCUUUCCCAAUACACUCUCGGUUAGAACUCGCUGUCGCUAUCAUGAUGUGGCUGCCUGGUGGAUGCACCUCAAAAUGCGUCGUUCCUUUUUUCAGUCGCAGGGCCUUUAAGACUUGCUUCCAGGUUUGGGGUCGGAGGAGGUGUAACGUAACGGCGUUCAUGCCGGAGGCUGCCGGCUUUGAAGGCGUAUCAGACCGCACGGCUCUGCAGGACUUCUCGGUCUCCGACACCGAGAGCUUCUGGGCCGCUGUGGGACGUCAGAGACUGAGCUGGAUCAAACCUUUCAGCUCGGUGCAGGACUGUGACCUGAGCCGAGGGAGGAUCAAGUGGUUUGAGGGAGGGAAGCUAAACGUGUCUGUGAACUGCCUGGACCGUCACGUGCACACUGGUCCUGAAAGGGUGGCUCUGAUCUGGGAGAGAGAUGAACCAGGGUCAGAGGUCAAGAUCACCUACAGUCAGUUACUGGAGAUGACAUGUCGCCUGGGAAACCUGUUGAGACGGUAUGGUGUGAAGAAGGGGGACUGUGUCACCAUCUACAUGCCUCCCUGCCCGCUGGCUGUGGCGUCCAUGUUGGCCUGUGCCCGUAUUGGUGCAGCUCACAAUGUUGUGUUUGCAGGAUUCAGCGCCGAGGCCCUUGCAGAGCGAAUCAGAGAUGCAAAGUCGAGCACCGUCAUCACAGUCAACCAGGGAGUCAGAGGGGGGAAGAUCAUCGAGCUGAAGAAGACGGUGGAUACGGCUGUCGAGAAUUGCCCAAUGGUGCAACAGGUGUUUGUUGCCAUGAGAACAGAGAACCCGGUCACAAUGACAGCUAGAGAUGUCGACAUGGAGGAGGAAAUGAGGAAGGAAGACGUGGUAUGUGAGCCAGCUGUUAUGGACAGUGAGGACGUCUUGUUCCUGCUCUACACAUCAGGCAGCACAGGGAAGCCCAAAGGACUCGUCCACACUCAGGCUGGAUACCUGCUGUAUGCCGCACUUACACACCGGUAUGUCUUCAGCUACCAUGAUGGUGAUGUGUUCGGAUGUGUGGCAGACAUCGGGUGGAUAACUGGACACAGUUACAGCGUUUACGGGCCGCUUGCAAACGGGGCAACCACUGUUCUGUUCGAGGGCACUCCCAUUUACCCCAACCCAGGACGGUACUGGGAGAUGGUUCAGAGACUGAAGAUAAACCAGUUUUAUGGAGCUCCCACAGCGAUCCGCCUGCUGCUCAAAUACGGAGAUGAGUGGGUGCAAAAAUACGACCGCUCCACCCUCAAAACUCUUGGCUCUGUGGGGGAGCCCAUCAACACUGAGGCAUGGGAGUGGUAUCACCGAGUGGUCGGGGACGGACGCUGCCCUGUGGUGGACACCUGGUGGCAAACUGAGACAGGUGGCAUCUGUAUCACCCCGAGGCCAUCAGAGCCAGACGCAGAGAUCAUUCCAGGCAUGGCUAUGAGACCUUUCUUUGGCAUUAAGCCCGUGCUCAUGGACACUGAGAGUAAUGUGCUGACAUCCAACCAUACAUCUGGAGCUCUGUGUAUCGCUCAGCCUUGGCCUGGUAUGGCUCGAACAAUUCAUAACAACCACCAGAGAUUCAUUGAGACCUACUGCCAGCCUUAUCCGGGUUACUUCUUUACUGGUGAUGGCGCCUAUCGCUCUAAGGAGGGGUAUUAUCAGAUCACAGGCCGCCUGGAUGAUGUCAUCAACGUGAGCGGUCACAGGAUUGGGACAGCAGAGAUUGAGGAUGUGGUGAAUCAAUGCUCUGCAGUGGCUGAGUCAGCAGUUAUAGGAUACUCACACGACAUCAAGGGAGAAGGUGUUUACGCCUUUGUGGUAUUGAAAAAGGUAGCGGAUGUUCAAGAAGCAGACUUGUCAAAAGAGCUGAACGACAUGGUGUCUAAAAGGAUUGCUAAGUAUGCCUGUCCAGACUACAUCCAGCUUGUGCAGCGUCUUCCCAAGACACGCUCAGGCAAGAUCAUGCGCAGAGUGUUGCGCAAAGUGGUGGAGCGGGACUUAAACGGGUUGGGUGACCUCAGCACGCUGGAUGAUCCUGCAGCUGUUCAAGAGAUCAUCCAGGGUCACCGUGAGCUCUGUAGCCAACAACAACCGUGACGUCAGGUUUUCUGAAAACCUUUUCUUCAUAUCAGAAACACCACAUUAAACAUUAUUCUCUUUUUAUAUCACUAGACUUCUGCCUUUGUACAAAAAUAGUUUACUGGCCUUAUAUUUUUAUUGUAUUGUACAUAUUAUUUUUUAUAAAAUGAAGUAAACUACUUCUUUUAACAGUGUGCAGAAUUAAAGAUGGAGUCUGCACGCUGAAGAAUUGUGGUUUCACUGUGUUUCAAAAUGUGAAGUAGUAUUCCCGAUGUAAUGAUUAUUAACACGAGCAAUGUCUUAUCUUUUAUGAUUUGUUGUUUGGAAGGGUAAACAUACUGUGAUGAUGAAAUAAACCAAACCAUUGAUUUGGAAAAGUCUUUAUGUUCUGAA